CUUGAGUUGCCCCUGACGCCCCCGCGCUCCGCUGGGAAUACGCCAGGGCCGCCUUCCCCGCUGCUGCACACCGCGUUCCGCUCCUCGACAGCAACCGCGUCCUCGUACUACGAUGACGCGAGCAUGCGCACCUUCUCGUGGGACGGCCGCUCGGCCACGGGCACCGCACCACCCUCCCCGUCCGCGUCCAGCACACACACCUUCCGCGGCGCUUCCCCAUCACAGCAGGACCGGGAGCAAUACGGAGGACAGUACGGACAGCCGGGGCGUCGGUACGAGGACGGACACGACUCGGUGCGUUCGUCCAACUACGACAUCGACGACAUCACCGCUAGCUACCGCGACACCUGGCGUGCGUCGGGCUUGAACCCGCCCCCGCCCCCGCCCUCCGCGCCGUAUCCGCAACAGUCGGAGGUCGCGCCCGCGCUGCCCACCGUCAUCGUCUCCGCGGAGCCGGAGCAGCACCAGCGGUCGUAUGCGGCGGUCGGGGGGCGGGUGCCGUCGCAAGUCGCGAGCGGGAGCAUCAACUUCUCGCGGCCGGGCCUCCCUGCGGAAGGAGUGGAUGCCGAUGCGGACAGGAAGCUCGAGGUCCUCAUGAGGAACGCGCGGAGUCCACACUCCCCAUUGCAUUCACCUGCGCUGAGCUCGCGGAUGGCCCCGAGCUCGCCUGGGGGUCAGGGAUCGCGUCCGGUGUCGCCAGGGUCGUACUUUGAGCAGCAGCAGCAGCCGCUACCAUCUCCUUCCCUGUCUGUGCAUACCCCGAACGGCGGUGGGCUUAGCCCACGGAUUACAUCUUCGAAUAGCGUGUACUCGGAGUACUCGUACUACGAGAUGCCGGCAACCCCGACCACGCUUUCACAACCGCCAACACCAGGGUUCCCGCCGCCGUCCCCGCGCGCACUCUCCCCGGUCAACCCAUCCUCCGCCUCUACAUUGCAAAGGUCCCCCUCGAAACAAAGUCUAAACCCGAAGGCCGAGCCGGUGGACCUCGAGAACCCGCAGACCCCGCAGGACUUCCUCCAGGUCGGCAUCCAGCACCACCUAGCGAACCGACUCCAGGAGUCCGCAAUUGCGUUCGAGAAGUCGGCUACGCUGAACGGCGGGUGUGGGGUGGGCAUGCUUAUGUGGGGUCUCGCGCAACGGCACGGCUGGGGGUGCACGAAGAGCGAGGUCGCGGGCUUUCGGUGGCUGCGGCGUGCGGCGGAGCUCGCUGUUGUUGACCUGGAGAAGGGCAGGCAAGGCGCGGAUAUGGGGGCGGUCAAGUCGGAGCUCGUGCUUGCCAUUUACGAGGUGGGCCAGAGUUUCUACCGUGGGUGGGGGGUGGAGAAGGACAAGGAGAUGGCUGUGCAAUACUUCCGCGUUGCUGCGCGUCUCGGCGACCCCGACGCGCAGCAAGAGCUCGCGUUUUGCCUCUUAAAUGGCAAGGGCUGCAAGAAAGACAAGCGCGAAUCGGCCAAGUGGUACCGCGCAGCGGUCGCGCAAGGCGUAAGCGAUAUCGGGCUAGCCUGGAUUUACAAAGACAAGUACCAAUAAUGCGCACCCGCCGAACCCUGCUCCCACUGGUGAUAUCUUGGUAGCCCUUACGGACUCCGGCCGACGAACAUCGCGCAUUCCUCUCUAUACCCGUCGUGAUCUUCUCGCAUAAACCAUGCUAAUCUUCAGCCCGUCGCCUAUAACUUAUAUGGCUUGGUCGUUUAUCUUGGGUAUUUGUGUAUUUGUUUGUGUUGCUGUAUCAUUAUUAGAUUCUG